CGUCGACUGUCAUGUGAUCGGCUGUGUCCAAUCACAGCUGAUCGCAUGGAACAUGUACACAGAUCAUCAGGGCACUGAUGAUCAGUGUGCCCUGAUGAUCAGUGUAGCUCCAUCAGCGCCACCUGUCAGUGCCCAUCAAUGCCACAUCAGUGCCUACCAGUGCACAUUAGUGCCACAUAUCAGUGCCCAUCUGAGCUGCCUUUCAGUGACACCUAUCAGUGCCAGUCAGUGCCUCCUUUCAGUGCCGCCUUUCAGUGCCCAGUGAUGCCUGUCAAUGCCCAUCAGUGCCACCUACCAGUGCCUCCUCAUCAGUGCCGCCUAUCAGUGCCCAUUACUG